AUGGCCCAUACUCAGCUGAGGAUCGAGUCCGACGACAAUAUGAGGAUGGAGAUGGUGACCAGGAUGCAGGUGAGCUCCGACAAGGGCCAACACUCCAAGGCCAUGAAGAUCACGGCAGCAAUCGAUGGAGUGGAGUCGGUGACGCUGGCGGGGGAGGGGCGGAACCUGCUCCGGGUGGUCGGCAAAGGCGUCGACUCCAACCACCUCACCAGCAAGCUGCGGCGGAAGGUGGGCCACACCGACAUCGUCGAGCUGCGCACCCUGCAGGCGGGCCGCGGCUACGCGAUCACCACCAACCCCGCCGACGGAGGGGGCUACCACUCUGCGCAGGCCGCGGGCGUGGGCGUGCGUGGGGACGCCACCGCCUACGGCGCGUUCAACAGUUACACUAUGACCGGUUACUCACCGGUGGCCGCUGAUCAGUACCACCGCCAGCAGCAGUCAUCAUACGAGUACAAGUACUACCCGCCCGCGCCGUACCCUACCACCGUCAUCCACCACGAGUACACGGUCGGCGAUCCAACCGGAUGCUCCAUCAUGUAG